AUGGAUUUUAAGUAUCCCGAGUUUGAGCCGUACGGGGCUAAGCUGAUCCGAUGGAUGGAAAAUGCCGACGAGCCUGGAUGCCCAGUUCCCCUAACUACACUCGCCACAUGGACUCUGCCACACCCCAUGGACUGGAAUAUCGACCAUGACAGGGAAUGGUUAUCACCAGACCGGAAUGCCUCUAUUGUGGGUCUUGGUCUGCCAAUUGGAUAUCCAAUUCCAGCUAGUCUACAUCCCACAGAGUCCCCGUAUAUACGGCACUCGAUCAUCAAGACGGACGGUGGAAUCACGGCAUUGGUCGGGACGAUUGGACCAGGUGUGCUUUUUGUCUAUUCUAUCAGAAGAUACCAAGAGUUGAACGAUCCGCACAUGUCCGAACUUGCUAAGAUUUCCUAUGAAACGCACUUUCCGUUGCAUGAGGUGAAGUUUAUCUUUAUGAACGAGGUGCAGGAAGCUGCAACUGAACCCUUUAUUGAGGAACAGAUCUACCCGUCCCGUGAGGGAGCUAGAUAUCCAUCAGCAGAACCUCAAACCUGGGAGUAUUCUUCACCCGAGUUUACCGCUAUUAUGGGUACGCCCAUCGGUAAGGUUGUCGGAUCCUUCAUUCUAGGUUCUUUUGGCCAGGGUUUCAAACGAGUUGCACGAAUUGUUACUUUCCAGUCCGGUAUUUGCCUUCACAGGCUUGAUAUGCGUUUUGAUAUCGAGGAUGCUUGA